UAUCGCAAUUAAACAAAAUGGCUGAACUCCUUUGAGGUUUUUAUUUAUUGAAUUUUAUAAGGGAAAGUUCAAUAAAAAAACCUUAAAAUAUGUCUAAAAAAGAAUCGAUUGAUCAAAACGAAAGAAAGUAUGAUACCAGCGAUUUUGAUAAUAUUAUAUCACCGCACAGUAUAUUUGAAUCAUCAAAACCUAAACACCAGGAAUUACCGAGUUUAUCAGGAUUUUCUAAUGCUGAAACUCAAACAAAACAAAGUGACUUAAAAGGACAAGGGAUCCAAAGCGGUCUUGGUACCUGGCAUUAUAAUCCCUGGUGGAUGCUAGCGAGUACAUCUCGAAGUGUACAAUCACAAGAUAAUUUCUCAGAAAGCAGUGACCAAACAAAAGUAAAACAAGAACCCAGCGGUGCAGGUACUCCCGAUCACGACACUCUACAAAGUGAUCUGGAUCAAUUUCAAACCACACAAACACCUCCACCUCCAGCAGGACUGGAUUCCUUUUGUGAUGACUGUUCCGAUCCUUUUUGUGAUUCGAGUAUAUCUAUCUGUCGAAAACUUUUCCAUUGCCCACACUGUCGAAAAAGCUAUCCUACGAUUCUCGAAUUUAAUACACAUCUAACGGGUGUUCAUCCAGCACAAAAACCAUUUAGAUGCCAAAUCUGUUUGGAACCAUUUUACAAAAAAUCUCAUUUACGGAGACAUUUAGAUUCGAACCAUACUCGAAAAGAUGUGAACAAAUGUACUGUAUGCUCAAAAUAUAUAAAGGAUAAAAGUAACUUACGUAAACAUAUGCAAGUACACACCGGCCGCGUACCCCAAAAACAGUUCAAGUGUGACCUUUGCAAUAAUAAACGUUACAUGUCAUUAGAUAGACUCAACAAUCACAAGGUGGUUUGCACGGGUGAGAAAGUACUAAAGUUUUGUGAUAUGUGUACUAAGGUAUUUGACAACUCGAGAUCCUUGAACAGCCAUAAGAAGGUUCAUGCUAGGGAACUAAAAUGUGACAUUUGUGGAGAACAGCUACGCUCUUUAGAGCAAUUUAACAGCCACAAAAUGAUAUGUUUAGGUAAAGCACAGGAAGCUGGUAGUAGUGGUUCAACAAAUGCAGCUACACCACCACUAAACAAUUGUUGUACCCAGCCAGGACUGUGUGAGCAUGAUAAACCAGCCUACCUAAACAUACCUAGCUAUGCCGCCGGAAGAGUUAUUGAUGCUACUCUGUCAUCUUUAAAAUCAGAAAUGAACUAGCCGAUAUAUUACACUUUAAGUUCAAAUAAUUCUAAUUUCGUUUUAACAGAUAACCAAAUGGUUCAAUCAAUGACAGUAAUAAACUACACAAUUGAGAAUUUCACAAGACUGAUGCAAAUAUCCCGCCUCACAACUUGCUUUAUAAUUACCAUUUAAAUUUAGGGUGUAACUAGUAAGUAAUCACAGGUAGAAUAAGUUUAUACCAUUUGAGCAUAUGUAAUCGAAAUGUAAAUAUAAAUAUUUCCAUUGCAAAUAUGUUAAUGAAUAUGCUCAAAUGGUCGCCCCACCUUUUAUUUUGUACCAUAAUAUAGUACACCUGUAAGUUUUCCACGGAACAGCUUUACUAAUAGAUCAGACCAGAUUUAUAUCUUAACUUUUAAAAUGACAUAACAUUAUUUAUUAUUUGAAUAUAAACAAUAUAUAAAGCCUUGACUGAUUUAGAAUAAUACUAUUAGUGUGCAGUAUUACAUUAAACAUUUUUUUAUUUUUCUAUUUUGGAAUGUUGUAAGAGCUAUAUUUUUUUAUAAUUUUUAGAUCAUAGUUAUUAAGUUUCAAAUGUAGUUUGUCAUUGGAGGUUGUACAUGGAGGGUAUACUAUUUUUCCAGUGCUCAAUGUACACUCUACUCCAAAGACAUUUUAAUAUAUAAUUUGAUAUGCAUAUUAGGCAUAUUAUCUGAAUAUUUUUAAAGAUAAAUAUUUAUGGGAAUUUGUUUCUUGAUAAUGUAUUUAGAUUUAGGUAAAUCUUGUAAAGUGCAAUGACUGGCUUAGCCGCAAAAAAUGUUGUAAUCAUAAAAAGUUUUGUUGAGUAAUUCGACUCAUAAUAUUUAUACACUUUUAAUAAUUAUCAAGUUAUAGAAAAAUAACCUAAUUGGUAUCAUAAAUAGUUAAAGAAUUUAACAAAAAUCUUGUUGUAAACAACUCUUAGUGGUUGCAAAAGUUGUGACUUAAAAUUUUCCUCAAAAGAGAUCUGUAUUAAUAACAAAUUUUAGUAUACAUUCAUUAUUUUACGUUGUAUGUAUAUUUAAAUGGUUAAACAUUGAAGGGCCUUAUCAUUACAAAUAUUUAUUUAAUAAUAUUCACGUUCUAUUUUGUCAAACAUUUUAUAACUAUUAAUUAAUUUUAUUAGGACUUUAUUCGAAAGAGAGGCUUCUGUUUCGAGGCUUUAUAUUCAUAUUUAGUUGUUGCUAUUUACAAUUGUUUUAUUUUUUACAUAUUGUGUUUAUUUUUAUUUUUUUUAUUAUAAAUCAUUUAGUGUAGAUGUAUGUUACGGUAUGUUAAAGGCAUAAGUACACCUUUAACUUUUGUCUUCUGGUAAUACUUUCAUGAUGAAUGAUGACCAAUGCAAUAUAACUGAAAGUAUGAUUACUAUAUAAUCGAUUCUCAAUACUCUUAAUUCUGAGAAUGCAUAUUAACCGUCAAUUACAACCUAGACAAUAAGUAUUGCAACUUCAUUAUUCUACAGUGCAAUGUAUUCAUAAUUAAUUUGGAUGAAGCAAUUAUUUAAAAAAAAAAAUCUUUGCGUUAAAUGUAACUGUUGUAUACCAAAUGUCAAUGUAUUUAAUUUUUUUUUUUUUGUUGUUAAAAUGUGUUUGAUAACGUAUUAAGCAGUGUAUAACAGCAAUGUUCGAAUUUAAUAUUUUUAUUCAGUUCUGGUUUACACGACAUCUAGUACAAUAGUACAAAAUAUGGAAUUAAUACUUAGAGAUCUUGUUGUAAGAUUACAUACAUUGAUAUAUGUAACAGAUUUUUUUUUAAUUUUAUGUGUAGAUAUUAGUGUGGUGUUUAAAAUAACUUAUGCACCUAGUAAAUAAGAAAAAAUGUGUUCAUAUGAAUUUAGUUAUUACAUAGAAUAUACCUAGCUUUAUCUGUAUUACAUUUGUAGUAUAAUAGACUGUUAAACAGUGUGAUUUCAGCAUAACAAGUUGAUUAUUUUCCACCAAAACUAAAGCAAUCUUAGGGUACAAUGGAUAUAUAAUAUUGUAAUCUAAUAGAUUAUAUACAUGAUUAUUACACUAACACUAUUAUUUUUGCAAGAGUUGCUACCGUUACCUAAGUAAUAAAUAGAUCUUUUCGUUAUCAUUAUAGCCCCUAAACUAUGAAAAUGUAAUACAAUACCACAAAUAAAUGAAGAAACUGUUGCUAAUA